GAAAGCUCCCGCGAGGCGAAACGCGAAACCUCUUGGUUUCCCUCCCACGAAGCCAACCACAAGAAGGGGGAGCCCCGCUCCGUGGAUGCAGCCGCCGCCGCCAUGACCGCCGCCGCGUGGCCGGUCUGCACCAUCUGCUACGACGACCUCCGCCCGCUCUCCGACCAGCACCUCCACUGCAUCCCUUCCUGCGGCCACGUCUUCCACGCCCUCUGCUUGGAGCAAUGGCUGGAGUACUGCCCGAGCGUGGGGGCCGGCGGCGGGAAGACGAAGAAGGGCGGGACGUGCCCCAUCUGCAAGUCGGCCUGCGGCGGCGCCCACCCGCCGACCCGCCUCUUCUUCCAGUCCACCGGCACGUGCCUCACGCAGGCGGCGUCCCCCGCCUCGCCGUCGCAGGAGGCCGACCCGGAGGCGCUCGCCGCCGAGGUCGCCCGGCUCGAGCAGAAGGCAGCGUCCCUCGGCCGCACGCUCGACGAGCAGCGCGACGGGAUCCAGAAGCUCAACGCCGAGGUUCGUAGGUGGAAGGAGGAGGCGGCGGCGGCGGAGGCGAUGGGGGAGAAGGCUAGGAAGGAGAAGGAGUUUCUGCAGCAGCUGCUCAAUGCGAAAACAGAGGAGGUGUCGAGGAAGACGGCGGAGUGCGGGAGGUUGCAGGAGAGGAGCCUCGGUCUGGCGAAGGAGCUUGCGGCACUGAAGCUGUCGACAGACAUGAACCUUGAGGAGGAAGAGAUCCUCAAGCUGGCUUCGCUGGGUAACCAUGGCAACCUUGAGAAUGCAGUAGAUGUUCUGAAGAGAUCGCUCGCUCUUCGCAACAAGAGCUACAAAGAAUUGAUGGUCCAAUGCAAUCAGCUAGGAAGAUCAGAAACUCGUACUCAGCAGAGGAUUGAGAAGGCCAAGGAGGUGAUAAGUAAGUUAAAGACAAAGGUACAUGACCUUCAGAAGGAACUGGAAGAAAAGGAAAAUAUUGUCCUCAGGGAUUUGAGGUCUUCAAAGAAAUUUAAAGCAGAUUUGAACCAGACAAAUCCAGGAGAUACCACAACUAAUAAUGCUUUCCCAAGCGCUGGAUAUGGCCAGAAAGUGAAGCCUGAUGAAGUGAUGCAGGAUCCAUACAACGAGAAUCCACACACGAAUCGGUUCAUCCCUGAAGCUAACAACGAUCUGAACUUAAAAGACAACUUGGACUGCAAGAUAUCAGAUGUGAUAGACCUAGAUGCCGAUGAUGACCCCAUGAUAAGAUGUUCUGCCAGGCCGUUUGGGAAUCGUGGUGAUACUGUGGAUACACGAAAUCAGUCCAGUCAUUAUGAACGUGGUAACAAAGAACCCGCAACAUUUGGAUGUGAGUCUUCCUCAUAUGUAGCAGAGGAAACAUCCUUUAUGAAACACACACCGGCGACUGGAAAAUCAACAUUUCAGCGUAACUUAAUGAAUACCAAACUGCAAAACUUUCAAGAGCUUCCUGUUCUGAGAAGCACGAGUGUUACAACUUCAACAUGGAAGAAAGAUACACUGACAAUUGGUGGCAUCUCGAAACAAGCAACUAGGCUGGCUUCUGGCACUGGACCUCAGCAGAUUCACAAUUUAAAUUCUCUUUCUGAUGAUGAUUUCCAAGCACCACGAACUAAUGGUCUGGAGGCGGCAAGAAAAGGCGUCAGCAAAUGGUGCAAGGGCAUGGCAGCACCUGGAUCCCUAAGUGCAAAUGCUAACAAGGGCAAUCUGAUUGCUGUGGGGCCUGACGGACGCGGAGGAAAGGUGAAAGUCCUGAGAGACCACGGUCGGUUCCCGCAGGAUAGCAAGACUCCAGCACUGUGGCCUAAGGCACAGCAGAAGGCUGGAGGCAGAGGUGGGCAGUUUCAGAUAGAGCACUUCUUUGGGAAGAGAUGAUCCUGCUAAAAUGGUGCUAAGAACUAUCUGCUGCCAUCUAUCCUGAGUCUAUGCCUCUUACGGGUUUCUGCCAUACUUGGCAGGGAGAAGUGAAUCCAAGUUUUGCAACUAGUUGAUGAUACACUAGUGAUGAUAGGACAUGUACACAAUCUCCGAAUGCAAUGUCAGAAACCUGAAUUCCUCGGAACCUCAGGUGCAUCACACUCACACUUGCUUGUGCUGCCUACCAUGUAUUGUGACUUUGUGAGUUCAGAAGGCAACAAGGUGUCAUUGUUAACUUGAUUCACAUGCGAGUACACUGUUAAGCUUCA